CAACAUCCGCUGUAGGGACAGCGUCUACGACCCGCGGCUGAAGCCUCUCAUGGUCUCCUACGCCGCAGAGAGCUGCCUCUACGUCUGGAACACCGGCUACUUCUUCCAGGUGGAGUUCGACGACUCCACUGAGGGGUCAGGGGGAGCACGGAGACGGCGGAGAAGCCGCCGCCGGCCAGGCGGGGUCUGGCCUUUUCUGACCACGGGGGACUCCGUGUGACCCACUCAGCUGGCGGAGGGAGAAAAUCUGGAACUGCAGGCGGGUCGGCGGCAUCCUGACGUGUGAGCUGCCCGUGUGGGGGGUCCCUCACUUGCAAGGACAGUGAUGGGCAGUUUGAGGCGUCGGGUGCCAGAGCCACAGGACAGUUGGUAACCACGGCCAGUGCCAAGAGAUCCCAGCUGGGCCCGGGUCCUUGAGCGCGAGGCCACUCACCACUGAGAUCAGCCCCCGGUGCACACAGCAGGCGCUCAGUGGACGUUGGCUCCUGGAGUGGAGGCAGGCCCGCCGAGCGGUGAGGUCUGCAGACUUCACUUCCAUCCGUGGGGACCAUCAGGUGCGAGCCAGAGAAGCUGACUCGAGUCACACAAGCCAAAACGGAGCUGCCUGGAAGAAUCCGGGGCUCCCUUCUGGGAAGGCAGGCGGGUGAUGGGGCCCGGAGUCGGGUCAGGAACACGGCAGCAGGAACCACUCUGCUAUCUCUCUGUCCCCGGCAUCGUCCCACUCAGGACCCGAGUCCCGGGGACCUUUCCACCUGCUGCGGGAGGCGAGGCGCCUGCAGGGAGGCGGGAGGUAGUUCCAAGCUUCUGCCCUGGGGGAGGAGGGGACUCCGGGAGGGGGUCCUGGGCCUCAUGGAGAGGAGAGGCGUGUGGCUGCGCCGACCACAGUCCCGCCUUGAUGGAGCUGAAAUGUCCCGGAGCAGUUAUCUUGUCCCGCAAAUUUGUCGGCGGUCUAUCCAGUUCGAGUUCUUUCCACCUUCGUUCCUUAUCUAUCUGCUGUCUCCUCCCUUGGUCCUUGGACACGGGUAUUGGGAGGGCAGAGGCAGUUGUUUGUUUGCAGGUCAGGUGGAGUGUGGUUCUCCGGGCUUGCAUUCUGUGGUUCUCAGCGGGAAUGAGAGCCCUGCCUGGGAAGGCCCGAGAACCCAGAGCCAUCCUUCUGCCCUCUCCUCCUCCCCCCCACCUCCUUGCGCCGCUCCAGCCUCCCCUCUCUCCUCCCUGCCUUCAUCCUUCUUUCUUUCUUCUCCACACACACCCUCCCUCCCCUGAGACUGAGACUCAUUUGCACAGGGCUGGGGCAGCCCUCCCACCCGCCCCCCUCCUCCUCCUCCUCCCUGCAUCUGUCCAGACCACCAGCUCCUCAGGCUUGGGAACAGAUUACGUGCCCAGGGGCCGAGGGGAGCUCCCAGCCAACAUGGCAAGUCUGAGCCCCCGUCUGGUCCAACCCUCCCCGACCACUCCCGUGGGUCCGUCAUGGCUUUGCCCUUGGUGUCGAGGGCAGUUGUCUGACAAAACGCUCCACUUAACGCGAAUCAACCUGGAAACGGGAGGGGGAUCCUCACCGGGCCACCUGUCACAUCGUAAUGCCCAGUGUGGUAGCUGCUCUCCGUCGCUGGAACGCCGCUGACCGCUGCUUCUGAGGGGCACCCAGGAAUUAAUCGUUCUUGCUGUGCCCAAGAAGCUCCGGUUGGACGUUCGCGGCAGAGAGGUCAUGCCGUGUUCUCUCGGCAAAGUUCCGGUAAGGACUCCGCGAGCCGGUGCAGCGCUGAGGGCCCAAGGCGCCGUCUACCCUCGCAAGGACAUCUCGAGUUGGGACGUACACGGAAAGAUAAAUUGGAAAGGUGACCCACGUCAAGGGUGCUGAGUGCAAGCCCCCGCCCGUCCCGCACCCCUCCCCACGCGCCCUCCUCCGGCUGGCGCCCUCCCGGGAACCCUGUGUGGCCCUCAGGGCAGCAGAAGGAGGGGUGUGUGGGACAGAAGGAGAUCUCCAAGAGGAAGAGGGCCAGUUGUAGAGAGUAUGCAGAGCAUGUGGCCUGGAGGGGCAUAGGGGGAAGAGGAGGAGGGGAGACCAUCUGGGAGGGGACGGGGAGGGGGGAGACCCCUGGGGGGAGAAGGGACUUGCGAGGAGCCACGGGGAGGCCUCGGAAGGAUGAUUUUAGGGCCUUCUGAGCCAGUGGACCCCUGGGACACGUUCGGGAGAGGGGACACUGUCUGGGAAGGGGCUCGAGCCCACACCCAGGCACGUGUCCCCCUUGCACGCCUUCCCGGGAGGACAGUUUGGAGUCAGGCCAGGGCAGUUGAGGAAUCAAACACUUGAUGGCAUUGGGCAAACCUUGCGUGACGCGUCUGCUUUUAAAGACAGGAACACUCGGUCUGUUGACAACAGUGCCCGGCUUGGCCUCUGCCGCACCUGCCCCUUCGCGCCCUGUGCAGACCCCACGCCGCAGCCCCUCGGACUCUCCGUCUGGGCCGCCUCGGUGGCCUGCUCUCUCUCCCUCCCGUCCUCCCUGCCUCUUGUUGCUUUCUGCCUAGAGUUGUUCUUUGUCUCCAUCCUUAGGGCUCAGCGGAAGCCCCACUUCCUCAGGGAGGCCCGCUGUGGUGCUCCCACAACUCCGCUGUGGAGUAGGGCCCCAGAGCACCACCCCCCGUGCCCGCCACGACGCUCCUAACUGCUCGCGCUCACUACGCAUUUUCUGACUGCCUGUCCCUGCGGAUUCCGAGCUCCGAGAGGACAGGGCCCCAUCUGUCUCGUUCCCUCUUGGUCCCCAGUGCUUCGUAGAGGGUGCGGCGCAUCGUAGGCGCGUCGACUUCUUCUGUGCUUCGGGGGCUGGCCCAGCCCCUUCUAACGGACACUUUCUUAAAGUGCGUUUGCCCGUCGAGGUCUGUGGGUCCUCUCUGGGGAGUGACAGUGGCGGCUUCAGGUCUCUGCAUAUCUCUGCUUUGAUGGUGAUGAUAUUUUUAGUAAUGACAGUAAUACCAGUAAUUAUAACGGAAAGUGCAACCACCUGUAGAGCCCCUUCUGGGCUCCAGGGGCCGUGUCCGGGGGCGUUUUGUAAGCAUUCCUGUAUUUGAUGCUCACCGUGUGCCGACGAAGUAGGUGUCAUUGUCUCGAGAUUCAGAGAAACAAAAGAGCCUAUGCAAAGGGGGCGCCUGGGCGGCUCAGUGGGUUAAGCGUCUGACUUGCGCUCAGGUCAUGAUCUCAUGUUUUGUGAGUUCGAGCCCCGCGUCGGGCUCUGUGCUGACAGCUCAGGGCCUGGAGCCUGCUUCAGAUUCUGUGUCUCCCUCUCUCUCUCUCUCUGCCCCUAGCCGCCCCCCUGCCAUGCUCUAUCUUUCUCUGUCUCUGAAAAAUGAAUAAUCCUUGAAAAAAAUUUUUAAAAAACCCUAAAACUGGAGCCAAUACGUGAUGAUCUUAGAACGUAACUACCAGAGAGCAAUCUGGAUUCCCUUUACGCAGGAUCCUAGGGGGUGGGGUUGUGCUGCUGGAGCCCGGAUGGUGUGCUGGCCGCCAGCUGAGGUUCCCACUUGCUGAGAGAAUGACAGAGGUCUUCCUGGUCCAGGGAACACAUGCAAACUCUUAGCUCUCGUGUGCCACAGCUUCGGAACGUUCGUUAGAUCCCAGGGUGGCACCCAGAACAGGCUGAUACUUGGCGAUGUUGUGUUAUUUUCAGUGUUAACUAAUUAGAGCAUCUCAAACUUCUCUUGUACUUAUUUUAAGCCUUAAAACAACCGUGCCUGCCAAAAGCCUGCUUAUCUUGGUAAAAGCACCGAACUACAAAUAGAUGGCUGUUAAGAGCGACUGCUGUAAGCACCGAGACCAUAGCCUCUGGGGACGGCAGAUCUCAGCAUGGGGUCAGCUUCCUCGGGGUGUUUGGAGGGUCUGGCUGCUGCUGGUGUCAUUCCCCGAUCACGUCUCGAUGCCCCUGCCCAGGGAGACAGCUGGGUGCAAAACAGCCCACCGAUGCCCAAGUCUGGGGCGUGGGGCCUGGCAAGCGAAAGGCCCCCAGCUCGCGAAUUAGGCUUGCUUUGUAACGUUGUCUAAUGAAAGGUAAUUACCCUGACAGUACACUGUCCUUAUGAAAAGUCAUUUUGAGGUUAUUUUAUCCAGAGCUGCAGCCGUAAGUUGAGUUCCUAACUUUCCUGGCAGGGAAGGGGGUGGAGUUUGGCUACACAAGCCAAGGGGCUGGACCUUCAGGCAGGCCUGGGCUGGGGUCGCCGGGUGACCUAGGGCGGUCUUGAAAAUAGAAAUUGUGUUUUCUGGCCCGCUGUUUCACUCUUCCUGAGGUGCACGUAAAGGCCGAAAGGGAGACCAAGCCCUGCGUUGGCCAAACGGCCAGAUUCCACGCAGAUUCCACGCGUGUCCGCCAGCCUGCCUCAGCAUGCCCCGCCCCUCCAGCCCAGGCCCCGCCCCCCCAGCCCAGCCCAGGCUAUAAA